CUGAAACAGAGAGUGACAAGCUGAACUAUCCAGUUAGAAAUGACAAUAACAACUGUAAAGACAGUUGAUAAGGCUGUGUUGGGGCCUCUGCUACCUGCGCUGGGGCUGCUCCUGCUCUGCUCCUUUCUGUGUGUGUCCGGGGGCAAGGUGCUGAUCUGGCCAGGAGAAUACAGCCACUGGCUCAACAUGAAGACCAUAGUGGAGGAGCUGUCACAGAGGGGCCACGAGAUCACAGUGAUCACCCACUCAGCCACACCGUCCGUCAGCAACAGCUCCCUCGCUCCAGGCAACUACCGUUUUGAAGUCCUCCAGGUUAACUUCACUAGACAGGAUGUGCAGCAGAAUGUGGAUGAGAUGCUGAAGUACUGGACAUAUGAUAUGCCCAAUGACAAUUUAAUCCAGGCAACACUGAGGAUUAAGGCUAUUAUAGAUACUGGUGUGAGACAUAAUCAAGAAGUAUGUAAUGCAUUGUUCUCCAACGCAGAGCUGCUGGAGAGACUGAGGACUGACCGGUAUGAUGUUCUGCUGAGUGACCCCAUGAUGAGUGUAGGAGGAGAGCUCCUUGCAGAGACUCUGGGCCUACCAUUCAUUCUCUCAAUGCGUUUCUCUUUUGCUAACACCAUAGAGAGACUCUGUGGUCAGCUCCCAUCACCCCCAUCUUAUGUGCCAGGCAUUGGGUUUGCAUACACUGAUAAAAUGACAUUUGCUCAGCGGCUGAAAAACAUUCUGUUUUGUAUAUCUCAAGACAUCUUGUUUAAGAUCGUAUCUGUGACAAAAUGGGAUGGAUUAUUCACUGAGGUUCUUGGGACUCCGACCACAUUAUGUGAAAUCCUGGGCAAGGCUGACAUGUGGUUGAUACGAACCUACUGGGACUUUGAGUAUCCACGACCUUUGCUACCAAACUUCAAAUUUGUGGGAGGCCUUCACUGCAAACCUGCAAAGCCACUGCCAGAGCCCAUUGAGGAGUUUGUUCAGAGUUCAGGAGAUGACGGGAUUGUGGUAUUUUCACUGGGUUCCAUGGUGAAGAACCUAACUAAAGAGAAAGGAAACACCAUCGCUUCUGCAUUGGGACAGAUACCACAGAAGGUACUGUGGAGAUACACUGGAGUGAAACCAGAGACUCUGGCUCCCAACACAAGACUUUAUGACUGGAUUCCACAGAAUGACUUACUGGGACAUCCAAAGACCAAAGCCUUCAUCUCUCAUGGGGGGACCAAUGGACUGUAUGAAGCUAUCUACCAUGGAGUUCCUGUGGUGGGCAUCCCUCUUUUCGGUGACCAGCCAGACAACAUCAUGCACAUGAAGACCAAGGGAGCUGCAGUCAUGAUUGAUCUAAAUGAGAUGACCUCCCAAGACCUGGUGGACGGACUCAACAGCGUAAUCAACGACCCAACGUACAAAGAAAACAUGAUGCGCCUGUCCAGAAUCCACCACGACCAACCAAUGACGCCCCUGGAUACUGCAGUGUUCUGGAUUGAGUUUGUGAUGCGCAACAAGGGGGCCAAGCACCUGAGAGUGGAGUCCCAUAACCUGAGCUGGUACCAGUACCACUGUCUGGACGUGGCAGCCGCCCUGCUGUCUGUAGUGGGUCUCAUCACUGUUGUCACUGUUAAAACAUGUACUUUCUUCCUCCGCAAGUGCUUCAGAAAGGCUAAGGCGAGGCAGAAGACUGAGUGACCUCCCUGGCUGGGAAAGAUGUAGUGUUAGGUAUUGCAGUUUGGGAAGAAUACUCCUUUACCCUAAUUGCAUUCAUGUUUAUCAUGGCCAAAAUAAAUCAUUUAUUUUAAAUAACUGU